AUGGAUGAGCAGGAGGAUCCCAAUUGGGGCGUUCCCGAGCUAUGGUUCUGUGACAAGCAGAACAAGACCUCGAUCCGGCUGGCAACCAAUCCACGCCGUGAAUAUCCCAUUUACGACCCCGAUUACCUGCCUCAAGACAACGCCAAGUACAUCUGGGGCGUCAACACUAGCAACCUCCUCGAGACGCAGACAACGUGGUGGGUCAGCGCGACACAGUACUUCAGCUACAGCUGCCCGCGCUACCACUCCCCCGGCUGCCACCAUCUUGCGCACCUCUACUCGGGUAUUUUGAUUGCCCAGUUCAACGAGCUGCCCAAGUUCUACCUUGACGGGGUCGCAUAUAGCGUGCGGGACCUGAACAUUGGCACGUGGGAGGAGCUCCAACGACGCAUCUACGGCACCAACCUGGGUCCAGUCGUGCCCGAGAUCAAGCGGACGUCCCUGGACUACCACGAUACCGACAGCGAGUCUACCUUGUCUACAAGCCGCGAGCAGGAGGAGCCCACCACCGCCCACAACAACGAGAACGGCUCUGCCACCGGCGUCAUUGUCCCCAUCGUCACAGUGUCCAGCAGUGCAGAGCAGGAGGAGCAACAGGCCGCAGCGUACAAGGGCCCACGAGUUCGACGCCGAGGCCACCGCCGUGUCCAAUCUGAUACGACCUGGAAGUAUAACAUCUACUGGCUAGGCUGGCCCGUUGACUCUUCUCGUCACCGGUGGAGCUCGUCCUGCCAUCUCCCCCGCGACGGUCCUCCUUAAAAGAGGAGGUGAAGGCUGCCGGGAUAGGGCAGCAGGGAGAGAUAUCAAUCUCUCUUGUGUCAAGAUUACUAUUGUACUAUUAUUGAUUUUUCAACUGGGAAGAUUGCAGUC